AUGCCGGAACAAGUAUGCGGCUCACGGUUCUCCAGUCGCGUGUCGCAAAUUCGCCAGCAGCAAACCCUGGGGAGUAGUCCUCAAGAAUCCCUCAAGGAUGCCUUUCAGUACCAGGCAUCGCCGUCGAUCGACCAGGCACAGCCGGCGCCCAUGUCGGGUGCAUCUUGGACGCCACCGCCUGGUGGAGUGUCCAUGUCCAUAUCUGGAUCAGGCGGGAUGCCGCCCGCAGCAGCUCCAACCUCUGUCGCAGGGCCCUGGACGGCCGAAACGACGCCCUUAGAUUCUCACAGCAGUAGUGCAAUGGGCUGGAAGGAGCCCACCGAUGUGGAGUACUGGCUGCCAGAUAACCUGGAUGCCGAAGUGCCCAUAUUCGGGUUCCAGGGAAGCAAUAUUUACCUCAAACCAUCUCUUCCUUCCAUCGUGCAGCCCGUGUCCGAUGCAUCUACCAUAGGCAUGACUCCGCAGGAUCCUCAAAGCAUGCCCUUUUCCCCGACUGUGGGCUCUCUGACAUCAGACAGCCAAGAGCCAGAUACAUGGCCGUCUUCAAUCAUCGAAGCCAACAUGAUCCCAUGGAUUGAUGUCUACUUCGACCGACUGCACCCGACCCUGCCGGUACUAAGCCGGUCUUCGCUUUUCACACGGAUGCUGUCGCAAGAGCAUCGGAAGAACCCCCAGUUUGGAGCAAUGCUUUUGUCUCUCUGCGCUUUCUCUCUAACUCAACCAAUCGAAAUUAAUGAACGACCCACGACUUCAUCCCGCGCUUCUCAGGCACGAUCUAUGAUGGACGCAGCCACGAAAAUGCGGAGCUGCUCCGAUUUCGGGGAACAUCCCACGAUCGAAGCGGUCUUGACGAGUUUCUUUCUUUUUGGUUGUCUCUUUGGCAGUAAUCAACAUAAUGCGGCGUGGCUGCGACUCCGAGAAGCCCUGGAUCUUGCGGCUACGAUGGGGCUGAAUGAUCCAGAUUCAUAUCGCGAGCUCUCCGGAGAAGAAAAGGGUCAGCGCUUACGGACAUAUCUUGUGCUAUCGAUCACAGAAAGGUGGGGUACAGCCCUGCCCACUUUAUGA